CGGCGAAGCCCGAGCGAGCUGUGACCCAGUCGGGCCUCUCCGUAUGCGUGCGUUCGUUGGCUGGCUGCGCGCGCUGCAUCCCUUGUCUUUCCCGAGCCGAUUCGCGGUGCGGGCGAAGAGGCGGCUGCAGGUCCCAGCAGGUGGCGAAGCGCCCCUUCGAGGCCGCCAACGGUUCUAACCCCACGAGGCCCCGUUCCUGCUCGCGCCUGCGCUCUAGCGACUGCUUAGCUUUCUGGUGGUGGCGGCGGCAGUAAUGUCGGCCUCUGCGACGGCGACGGCCCCUGCUCCAGCGGAAGCGGGCGGCGGGGGAGGCGGCGCCGCUGGGGAAAAGCAGCGCUCCUCCUCCUCCGGUUCCCUCAAUGUGGAAGGCAUCGACCUGCUGGAGAAAUGCGGGGUGUGUCGUGAGCGGCUGCGCUCUGAGCGGGACCCGCGCCUCCUGCCUUGCCUCCACACCGUCUGCAAGGAGUGCAUCAAAGUCGAGCCCGCCUCGGGGGGCAACAACAAGGAUGGUCAAGUGGUUGAUUGCCCAGUGUGCAAACACCAGUGUUACUUAAAGGACAUAGUGGAGAACUACUUCCUGAGGGAUGGUGGUACAGAGGCACUUGGAGAUGCUAGAGAUGCCAACCAGUGUUGUACCAGCUGUGAAGAUAAUGCCCCAGCCACCAGCUUCUGUGUUGAAUGCCAAGAGCCCUUGUGUGAGACUUGUGUGGAGGCUCAUCAGAGAGUGAAGUACACUAAGGACCACACUGUCCGGUCCACAGGCUCCUCUAAGUCACAGGAGAGAGAGAAGACGGUUUAUUGCUCUGUCCACAAGCAUGAGCCACUGGUGCUGUUCUGUGACACGUGUGAUACCUUGACCUGCCGGGACUGUCAGCUUAAUGCGCACAAGGAUCAUCAGUACCAAUUCUUGGAAGAUGCAGUUAAGAAUCAACGCAAGAUGCUGGCCUCAUUGGUCAAGCGCCUGGGAGAUAAAAAUGCCAAUCUUCAGAAGUCAACCAAGGAAGUGCGUACCUCGAUCCGGCAGGUGGCAGAUGUGCAGAAGCGUGUGCAGGUGGAUGUGAAGAUGUCAAUCCUACAAAUCAUGAAGGAGCUCAAUAAGAGAGCCAGAGUACUGGUCAAUGACGCACAGAAAGUUACUGAAGGACAGCAAGAGAAGCUGGAAAGGCAGCACUGGGCGAUGACAAAGCUUCAGCGCCACCAGGAGCAUAUCCUACGUUUUGCCAACUGGGCCCUGGAGAGUGACAAUAAUACUGCAUUGCUGCUUUCAAAGAAACUGAUAUACUUCCAGCUGCACAGGGCUUUGAAAAUGAUUGUAGAUCCUGUGGAGCCCCAUGGAGACAUGAAAUUCCAGUGGGACUUAAAUACCUGGAUCAAGAGUGCAGAAACAUUUGGUCAGAUAGUUUCGGAACGGAGUGGUUUGCCAGUGACCCCCAAUGCCCAGACCCCUCAACAACGGGCCAAUGCUGCAUCUGGAGGAGUGGCAGUCAGGCAGGGUUCUGUUCCUCCUUCUCAGGGUGUCCAACAGAUGUCUCUGCAGACAAGCAUAAUGAAUAAGGGAGCUCUGCUUCAGCCUGUGCUGCCUUCCAACAGCCAGCGGCAGGCCAUCCCUGACUGCUAUAUCAAUGAUGCCAGUGCUUCUUCUGCUGGACAGCCGAUGGACAUUGGCGAUGGCUUUGGUGUAGAAGGAUCAUACUCUGGUGAAGUAUCUGGAAUCAAGAGGCCCCGUGGCCAAGAUGGAGAAACUGGUCUUGUGCGAAAAGUGCCCCGUGUCAGUCUGGAGCGGCUAGAUGUGGACCUGACAUCGGAUAACCAGCCACCUGUCUUCAAAGUAUUUCCAGGCAGCUCCCGUGAAGAUUACAAUCUCAUUGUGAUUGAGCAAGGUGGGCAGCAGGCUGCUGCCACUCAACAACCUGGACUACCAACUGCAGGUGCUGCAGUAAAGGAGGAGCAGAUGGAGGCAGCUAUUGAACAUCCAGCAUCUGUUGCAGAUUCUAAAGACACCAAGCCGGUUCUCCUGCCCCAGGAUGCCCUUCUUCCAGAAGGUUCCGCAGCUCCCAGGCUCAUUUCUCCAAGUGGCAGUACCAGCUCUGCUAUGGAAAUGCAGUCUGUUCACAGCCAUGAUGGCACUGCCAAUGGGGAAGAAGCUGCUUGCUGCAGGAUCUGCCUGAAAGCUGGUGCUGUGGUCAUGUGUGAUGACUGUAAAAAGUGCUACCACCUCGACUGUCACCUGCCUGCACUCCAGGAAAUCCCUGGCCAGGAAUGGAAAUGUCUACUGUGUGAGGACCCAGCGACAGCCAUUGAAGCAGAUGGAACAGACUUGACUCCAAUCUUCAUUGAUGGGGAGCCAAAGACACUCUCAGAUGCUGAUCAGAAGAGAUGUGAACGAGUUCUCCUUGAGUUACUGUGUUCUGAGCCAUGUAGGCCUCUUCACAGACUCUCCAAUGCUACAGAGGGGCAAAACACAAUCGAUCUGACCUUGAUCAGAGCCAAGCUGCAGCGGAAGCUUUCUCCACCCUAUGGCUCUCCGGAUGAGUUUGCUGAUGAUGUCUGGAAGAUGUUCAGGCAGUUUAAUAAGCUGACAGAGGACAAAGAAGAUGUCCAGUCCAUCAUUGUUCUGCAGCGCUUCUUUGAGGCCAAGCUGAAUGCUGCCUUUGGCGACCGGAAGUUUUCAGCACUCCGAGAACCCAUCAAUGUGGAUGAGCCACUGAAAGAAACCGCCCUUCCUCCCCGUGUCUCCCCAAUCACUGAUCCGGCAGCUGCACAUUGUGGACCACCUCUAUCCAAAUGUUUGACACUCUCAAAGAACUUUAAAAGCGAAAACAAUAGUGAAAAGAAAAGUAUUGAUGAUACCGAAAAUAAGCCAAGUACGACUGCUUCAAGUUUAAAAGGAACAGUGAAAACGAAAUGCGUUGAUACUCCGGUAGGUGCGACAGAAACCAAAAAAAGAAAAAGUAACUUUGUUAGGCAUUACAAUAAGGACUAUUUAAAAUUUGGUUUCACUGUAGCCCCUGGUAGUGAACAAUCGCCACGUCCCUUGUGUGUGGUAUGUUCUGGAAUUUUGUCAAAUGAUGCAAUGAAACCUUCAAAACUUGCUCGUCAUUUGCGUUCGAAGCACAGCGAUCUUAUUGACAAGCCCCUUGAGUUUUUUGAAAGAUUGCAUAACCAAAUGAAAAUUCAGAAAACUCAGAUGAAGAAAAUGACGACCAGUGAUAAAUCGCUGCUUCAAGCGUCUUACUUAGUUGCCCUUCGAAUACUGAAAACAAAAAAGCCCUUCACUAUUGGUCAAGAAUUGCUAAAGCCUUGCAUCUUAAAUGUCACGCGAGAAAUUUUGGGUCCUCAAGCUGCUGAAAAACUUGAGGCUAUACCGCUUUCAGACAACACCAUUCAGAGGAGAAUUGUUGAUAUGGCCAGUGAUAUUGAAGAGCAAAUUGUAGAAGGAAUUAAGAAAUCGAAAUUUUUUGCAAUUCAACUUGACGAAUCAACAGAAGUGAACAACCAUGCUAUUUUAAUUUGCUUCGUGAGGUAUACUGAAGAGGAGAACUUCAGGGAAGAACUUCUUUGCUGUCUUGAACUACCAGGACGGACUACUAGUUCAGAGAUAUUUAAUGCUCUUAAUGAGUAUUUUCAAGUGCAGGGUUUAGACUGGGGAAAGUGCAUCGGAGUGUGUACAGAUGGUGCUGCAAGCAGGAAUGGACAUCAAUCAGGGGUAGUUGCAAAAAUAAAGGAGGUUGCACAUCCAGAAAUGUUGUCCACUCACUGUGUGAUUCAUCGUCACCACUUAGUUGCAAAGAAACUUUCUCCUGAACUAAACACUGUGAUGAAUGAUGUGGUGAAGAUCAUAAAUGAAAUUCGUAGUCGAGCUUUGAACUCCAGGCUGUUUACAACACUGUAUGAAAGUAUGGACUCGCAACAUCAACAUCUUCUUCUCUAUACCGAAGUAAAGUGGCUAUCCAGAGGAAGAGUUCUUUCAUGUCUUUUUGAACUGAGAGAAGAAGUAAAGCUAUUUCUGCGAGAGCGGAACUCUGCAUUAGUAGAGCCUUUGUUGGAUGAGGAAUGGAUGGCUAAGCUUGCGUAUAUGGCAGAUAUAUUUAGUCUUUUCAACGAACUUAAUAUUUCUCUUCAGGGGGCUUGCACAAAUAUUUUCAUACUGAGAAACAAGGUGGAUGUGCUGAAAAAUAAACUGGUUCUUUGGGAUAGUCGUGUUCAAGAAGAAAAUAUAGCAAUGUUUCCACAUUUGCAAGACUUUUUGAGUGUAGCUGAUGUCAACCGGAAAUUAAUAUUUAAUAUAAUAAGUCAGCACUUAAAGGCAUUAGUUCAAAACUUGAACCAAUAUUACCCUGAAAAUGAGGAUCCCCGUAAAGGUAACCUCUGGAUUAACAACCCCUUUAUGGAAGAUGUCAACUCCUGUGCACUUAAUCUUCAUGAAAAACAAAAACUGAUUGAGUUAUCUUCUGAUGUUACUCUGGUGUCCAAACAUAAAAUGCAAUCAUUGUCACAAUUUUGGGUAUCACUGGAAAAAGAAUAUCCAUCUCUAAGUUAUAGAGCUAUUAAACUGUUAAUUUUAUUUUCUACUACAUAUUUGUGUGAAAAGAGUUUUUCAGCCCUGUUACUGAUAAAGACCAAACAGAGAAACAGAAUGGCUGUCAAUGCAGUGCUUCGUCUCUCGGAAACAACACUGCAGCCACGAUUAUCAAGUAUUCUUGAAAAGAAGCAACAGCAGAUUUCGCACUAGCCUUAUUUGAAUCAAAUAUUGCUCUCAAAAUUACAGUUGUAUUCAAUUACAUUUAAUUUCAAUAUUUUAUUCUUAACAUUUUUACUGUUUGGUUUCUGGUUAUUAUAGAGAAUGUUUAUUUGGUAUUAUAUUUUAAAACUAAUACACAAAAUACUAUAUAUGUAUAUAAUACUUUUUUUCUGCCUUAGCAGUCCCUGAAAUAAUUUUUGUAUAUUCUCCAGUUCCGAACUGUAAAAAAGUUGAAAACCACUGUUCUAGCUAAUAGUCAUGUUACCUCUCUGAUUCUACUUGAGCUCACAUUUGUCUUCUAUAUGCCUUGGCUCAUAUCUGUGUGAACUGUGUCUAGAGAAAGUUUUGUAAACUGAUGUGAUAAGCUUUCUUUUUGACUCUAACGCAUGGAUCGCCACAAAAGAAGAAAAUAUGCUUAUUUAAAGUUAAAGGUUAUUCAAACUGUGAAGGAGUCUAAUAAUUGUACUGCAGCUAGAAGGUUCGACAUUACUGAGAAGAUGGUGCGAGGCUGGAGGAAGAAUGAAGACAAAUUAAGGAAAAUUCCCAUGAAUAAAAUGCUAUGCGAAGUGGAGUCACACGUUGGCCAGAACGGGAGCAGCAAGUUGCAGAAUGGGUGCUUGAACAAAGACAACAAGGUUAUGUUGUAACAAGAAGCAUGAUCAGAUUGUAUGCUUUAAAGUGGUCCAGACUGAAUCCAGACAAGGGGAAGGAUUUUCAGUCAACACCGGGAUGGUGCAGCCAGUGCAUAAAUAGAAAAAAUCUUGUAAUUUGGCAAAACCCAAAAAUUAGCCAGAAACACUUACCAGAUCAUGAUUAUAAAGUUAUUAAUUUUCAUAAACUAUAUGAUUAAGACAACAGUAUGAAACCAGCAUUUCAAACAUUGGAAACAUGGAUGAAACUCCAGUGAACUUUGACAUGAUAAGCAAGAAGACUGGAAACCUCGGGUUCAAAAACAGUGCUAGUGAAAAGUACAGGACAUGGAAAAAGUAGGUUUACAGUGGCAUUGUCAUGCAUGGCUGAUGGCAGGAAGUCAAAAUCUAUAGUUAUCUUCAGAUGAAAAUCUAGACCCAAAAUAAAUUUUCCAACUGGAAAUCUUGUUUGUUUUAAUUAAAAAGGAUGGGUGAGAAUGGAGUCGUAGUCACACAACAAAUGCUACAAAAACAACAUUGGCAGAAAAUAAAACUAAAAUGGCUGUUAUACAAGAAGGACUGACUUCAGUCUUGUAGCCAUUAGAUGUGUCCUUAAAUAAACUUUUAAAAGAUAAUAUAUGUAAAGAAUGGAAUAACUGCUGUCUAGUGAGAAAUCAUUCACUAGAGGAGGAUCGAUGUGUGCUGCACCGCUCAAUGUUUUGUGCAAUAUUGUAAUAAUAGCGUGAGUCAAAGUUAAAGCAGAAAGUGUUAUUAAAUCAUGUAGAAAGUGGCAUAUCUAACUCGAUGGAAGUGAAGAUGAAUUCCUUCAGAACAGUGAUGAUGAUAGUAGAAAUGAAGAACAUAGUUUUGGGAAGUCAGACUGGAAUCUGUAUGACAAUAACCUACAAAAUGAACCUGAACAUGCAACUGACAACCACCUCAAUUCAGAAGACUAAGCAAAUUAUGCAGUACGGUUAAUCACUUUAGUACUGGUAUAUAACCAGUAAGAAGUUUUUUUUAAUGAUUAUUAAUAAAAACAAUCUUGUAAAUACA